AGAACUAUAAAUUCAUUCAAAGUUUAAAGUUAUAAAAGUUCUUGAUGCCAUUUAUGCCCGAUAAUGUUAAGUUUAAAAUUGAAAAACAUUAUGUUACGAUAAAGUGUUAUUAAAAUUUGUAGUUAUAGAAAAUUGCUACACUUUUUUAAGAAAUUUGUUAUAUCAACUUCUAAUAACUGUUUAUUGUUUUGUGUAGGUGGCUAUGUCGGUAUAGUUUUGAACAGAUGUGAAAGUGUAUUUUCGCAUACAAUUUAGACCCCAUUGUCUAAACUUUCCGGGUGAUUGUUGAGUUAUUAUGCCGAGCAAGUGCUAUGUGUGAUAUAUUUAUUAUUUAGUGAUGCAUAGUGUUGAAUUUCAAAUUUAAAAGAUCUGAAUUGAAGGGGAUCAGACAUGAAUUUGCCAUCACAGGACAAUGUUGCUGCAUUAUCAUCAGACGAAGGUGGCGGAAGUUCGGAUAGCCGCUCGGACAGCAGCGAGGACGAGGUCACGGAGCACGUCGCUGUGACCACACCCACCAAUAUGGCCGCUGCUAGGGCACAGGUACCAACGAUAAGCGUGACGCCGCAUAGUCCCGGUGUGCUAGACGAUAGCCUGCAACAGCUGCGGAGGUUACAUGCGGCAGUGCAGCGGAUGAGGGCGGCGCCCUUGCCUUUACUGUCUACCGGCACAAGUCGUCUAAGCACAUCAUGUCCUUCCUUGGCGAAAGAUGGAACCGUGGAGACGGAGUGCUCUUCACCGACUCAUCUUGACUUCUAUCCGCAAAGCAGAAAAGGCAGCAGUGAGUCUCGCCAAUGGAUUUCAUGGGAUCGGCGCGAGGAGGGGAGACGCAGUUCCUGGGCGGCAUUGGAACCUUCGCCUCCUGUGCUCGACACGCAGCGACAGCGCGGUGCUUUGAAUGGUCACAGCGCUUCGCUGUCAUCGAUGGAGUCGGAGGGCGAAGUUCCACGACCGGUCCGACAUUCGACGCAUUCGCUGAACGACAAUGAUCUCGCGAAAGAAUUUGAGAAAGUAGCUGCGGCGCUCCGUGCGACAGGUCCAUCCGCGUCGAGCGCUGUGUCGCGACUGACCGCGCGCUUGCCGCUACAAAAAAGUGUAUCUACCCCCAGUAUUGUCGCUGCCAUACAACCACCACAACCUGCGCCGCCUGACAUCAGAGCGGCUUUCGACCAUCACGCUGAGAAGAGAAGAAAACGUGGAAGUUUGUUCUUCAGGAAGAAAAAGGAUAAGAGUCGGAAGGCGACACACUCGUGGUGCUCUGUACAGACCAGGCCGGGGAUUUGUGACUGGUGCCAGCGGGAGCUCGGGGACAAACCAGCCUUGUUCUGCGAUAAUUGUACAAUGACGGUACAUCAAAAUAUCUGCAAGGACUACAUAACCGAGUGCAAUAAACCAAAAUCAUCAAAGACUUCUGUAGCUAAAUCUCUUAGUGCGACCAGUGGGAAGAGCAGUAAAAGAAGUUCAGUUUCUGGACAGUCGCAAAACUCGAAUAGCACAAGUAUUUAUAAUGACGAGAAAGAUGGCUCCGAUCAUAAGCAUGACCAAAGCAAUGCGUCCGACGACGGAGUGACGGAAUGGUCGGAGGUGAACAUCACGGCAGACCAACUGGGUGAUGAGGCGAUCAUGUUGGGCUUGGGAGCCUUGGAGCCAGACACGUGGGCAGCCGGGGCGCCUAAAGGACUCGCCAAGAGUCUUGGCGAAAGGGAGACUAAGCGUCAGGAGCACAUCUACGAACUCAUAUUGACGGAAAAACAUCACUGUCUUACGAUAAGACUCAUGCAAAAGAUGUUCGCGGCGGGCAUGAGCCGCCUGGGCUGCGUGUCGGCGGCGCAGGUGGCGCGCAUGUUCCCGCGGCUGGACGAGCUGUGGUCGCUGCACGCGGCGCUGCUGGCGCGGCUGAGGGCGCGGCAGAGGGCCGGCGCCAGGGUGGCCUCCGUGGCCGACGUGCUGGCCGCCACCUUCGGGGGGCCGCAGCCCGCGCUCAAGGCGGCCUACGGAGAGUUCUGUUCUCGUCACCGCGACGCCGUGGAGGUGUUCAAGGACUGCUGCGCGCGGGAAGCCAAGCUAUCGCGCUUCAUCAGGAAAUGUCAACAGAACCCGCUACUCAGGAAGAAGGGUGUUCCGGAAUGUGUGUUGUUUGUAGCACAACGUCUCACAAAGUACCCGCUGCUGUUAGAGCCGCUGUUGAAGACUGCGGGUGAUGACGCCACAGAAAGAGAGCUGCUACAGCGGGCGCUUUGCGGCGUCAAGGAAAUCUUGGUGGAUGUCGACAACCAGGUAGCGGCCAAAGAGCGCGAGGACAGGAAGCUCGAGAUUUACCACCGGAUAGACGCGAAGUCGUUUGCGAACUUCCGCGGCGUCAAGUUCAAGAAGAGCGACAUACUGCAGGGAAACCGGACGCUCAUAUUCGAAGGCGUGGCAACCCUAAUGCAGGGUCGCAGCAAGAUGCAAACCCUACUAGUGAUAGUGCUGUCUGAUGUGCUAUUCUUUCUGCACGACAAUAAUAAUAAAUAUACGUUCUUCACACCUGACAAUAAGACGGGUGUGGUAUCGCUGAGCAAGGUAUUAGUCCGGGAGAAGGCGGGCGCGGAAGGCCGCGGACUCUACAUCAUAUGCAGCGGUCCGUCCGACCCGGAGAUGUUCGAACUGCGUGCUCAUAGGCCUAAGGAUAUCUCGGUGUGGAUACAUGCUAUCAGAGCCGCAGUACAGAACUGUCCGGAGGAGAACGAACAGAAUGAGAACAACCAACACGUGCCGUCUGCGGAGGAGAGACAGAGGAUACUGGAAGCGAGGCACGAGAACAUCGCAGCUAUUACCGAUGCACUUCGGCUAAAGGACAAAGAGCACGCCAUGUUGUUAGAAGAGAAAAUGGCGCUGCAUAUGAGAAUGGUGGGGUACACCGGGACCUCUGCACUGGAGUUGCCUAAUACGGGUGUGAUGCCAGUGUUCCCCGGCGGGCUGUCGUUCCCGGACUACGUUCGUUUCGCGGCGCCCUCGCCAGACUCGCACGCGCUGUGGCAGGAGGUGUGCACGGUAGUAAAGGAGGCGUUGGAAGUGUGCAACGCCUACGGCUCGGCGGGUCCCGCGGGGGCUGCGAGCGGCGCCGUGCUCGUAGGACGCAGCACCAGCUCGGCGGGCGAGCGACACUCCGCGGCCUACGAGAGCCCCGCGCUGCCGCGCAGAGCCGACACCUUCGCCGGCUUCGACGCCAGCAGGCACAGGAGCCACGGUGUAAUUCCCCGUAUGUCAACAGACGGGAACGAUCGCGACGCGGGCACGGAGAGCGAGACAGAGCGUGGCGCGGCCGGUGAGCGCGAGAGAGACGGAGCGAUGCGGCUCCAGCACGCCAUAUACACGCUCACUUGUAUCGUGUGGCAGCAACUUACUACGAUACACAGCUUGGAGGCGCAAGUAUCGGCGUGGCGCAGCAGUGGCGGCAGUGCGGCCCGGACACACGACGCGCAGCUGGAGGAGCUGCGCCACGCGCAGUCGCGGCUCACGGCCGAGCGAGCGGCCUGGGAGGCGCAGCGGAACGCGGACAGAGACGCCCUGGCGUACGACAAGCGGCAACUCCAACUUCAACGGCAGCAACUCGAAGAGCAGCAGAAAGAUGUGGAGCAACAGCGGGACAGACUCUACCGACGGCUGGAGAGGUUACAACAACAUGGUGGGUCACAAGAAGAGAUCGCUAGUGUGGGAACUCUGUCUCCUGACUCCAGCGUGAGUGAUACCAACAGGCGGAAAGAGCCCAAGUGGAGAAGUAACCGAGGGUCGACGGGCUCGGAAUCGUCUUCAGUCGCUGCACUGCCGCCGCCUCAGCUGCUGUCGGCACAGAACGAGACCCGGGCGGUGGUGCGCGCGCAACAGGCAAUGGUCAAACAGCAACUACCUCUAAAGCUGGCAAGUGGUAAGACGCAGCAGAUGCCUGCGACCACCGGAUACCAUCGCUUGCACGAUUCUCCGAGUGACAAUCAAGGUCUGGUCAUACAACACACCCGCACUGGCAGUUCCCCUGCGCCGCUUCCAACGCAACAGCAUAACAACAAAGCAACCAGGACAAACACAUACCCCAAGCUGCCGGAUAAGUUCCGCGUCCGAUCACCCGAUACAUCACGUGCGUCUCUUCCGCAGAGCGCCAUCAACCCUACACAGGCCCCGGAAGAAGAAGUGAUAUACUUCUGACAUACGACCCCGAAAAGCAGGCACUCGACGUCCUGAUAUUGUCGAGUGACGUAAACUAUCUAUACGAGUGCAGCCUUCGUAGCAGCGUUUAGGUAGACCAAUGUCUCACAGUGCGUAGUUAAACUUAACAUACCCCGGAAGAUCCGGUCGUAAAAUACUAUUGACAGUAGACGUCAAAAAGUAGGUAUUAGAAAAGUUAAAGAAUUUAUAACUGCGUGUUAGCUACACGAUAGAUCAAUUUUUAAUAGUUCGUAAUUAAUCAAUAGUAUUAAUCUCGGAGGAACAAUUCAUUAUAAAUUUCUUAACAUACGACAGCAAAAACUAAUAUUUAUAACUAGUCAGUAUUAACACCGUUUCAGAUAUUAUUGUAAUUUAAAUCUUUAAAUAAGUCGUAAAUAUAAUCUUCACAGAUUCUCCUCGGAAAAUCAAGUCAUCUGAUACAAAUAUUAGAUGCCUCGACAUCUUCAAGUGACUACAAUUAUCUAUAACAAUACAGUGUUAGCAGUAUUUCGACAAUAGAUAAACUGCCCAGAGAUCCUUAUUAUAUAUCUACCUUUAUAAACUUAUUGGUCCUUCGAGCCGGACACAAAAUAUUUUUAAUUUUUCCUAGUGAACAAUUAGUACUUAUUAUAGCAUGCGUUUAAUUUGGAGGACGGAUAAAAUAGAUAUAGAUUUACACUAUAUUAUAUAAAUCAAUGAACGAAAUUUUUGAUGGUAUAAUCUUACUAAGUUAUUGGUUUAUUAAACCAGACGCAAGCAAUAAUAUUUUUAUCGUUACAAAUAUACGCAUUACAUACUUACUUAAUAAAAUGAAUUUGAAAGUCGAUUUAAAUUGUGAUAAAUUGAAACUUCUUCUACAAUAAUCCGCCGAUAAUAUGUUUACCAAUAUAAUCUGAUAUGUUAUUGUUCCUUCAAGUCAGACGUAAACCAAAAACUUAUAUCGUUGCAACUAUGGGCAGACAUUAUCGAAAAUUAUACUCUAACACGUAUCUCCCAAUAAUUUUCAUAGUAGGUUCACCUAUCUUGACAUGAAUAUCUUACAUAGAAGAAGGGUGAAUUUGCAACAUUUCAAAUAUCGGUCGCGGUUUGUUAAAAAUUCGUUUAGAUAUAAAAUGCAUAUUGUGUACAAUAGUAGUGAAAGUAUCAAUAAUAAAGUUAAAGGAGAAACAGAUAUAAUGUACGGCCAUUACUUGUUGAUUCAGCAUACAAACAUUUAUCUCUGUAUGCUACAAAUUUGCAGAAAAGAGACAAGAUGUAGCAGCACAGUUGCUUGGUAUCCUUAGAGUCAUUCAUCUUUGUACGGGUAGGCGUGUAAUUAUUGUAUGACAUUUUUGACAAUUUUGAAACACUGUCAUUUACUAUGUGCCAAAGAGUAUAUAAAAGUUGCAAGUGAAGUGACUGUCUGUAUAAAUUAAUUUUAAAGAUCGGAAUUUUCCUAUUGCAAGAUUUAUUUUUAUGAGAAAAAGUGGGGAAGAUGUUUUGAUGAUUAUAGGAUUAACUACAUUUUUUACUGCUAAAUACUAACACUGUUGUCUUGACGUCUAAUUGUUAAAAAUAUGCAAGAGUUGUCACAAUAGUAGUUUAUGUGACUGUACAUAAUAAAGGUAAUUAAACACGAGUGGCUCGUUUCAUAAUAAUAACACACGAGUGUUUUAAAGCUUAAUUAUGUAUAUACUACUUUAUCUACCCACAUAUCAUAAGCCUCCAUGAUGCAUUCAGGAGCCGCAUAUUAUGACCACCAUAAAUUUAUGGUAAUGGCGGUAAUGAAAAAUUUUCUGGCAGCUGUCAUAGUUUUGUUAAUUCAGAGACAAAAUAGAGUCGGCCCCAACUAUCGUUCGAUAUCUUACUUACGUGCAACAUAAUUAUGCCAAAUUUGUUUGCAAUUUGACAUUUCAUUUCGAACUAAACGUCAUCUCGACUGAUAUUAGCAUCGAGUUUAAAUCAAAUUUCUUUGUUCUUCAGAGAUGUUCGAAAUUUGAAUGAUAUUAUAAUAUUAUCGAAUUCGUUGUUAUUAUUUAGCAAUAGUAACAUUUUUAAUGAUAAUAAUUUUGUUCUAAUAAAACAGCAGCGCCGGAUUAAGCAAACGCGGGGCCCGUAGCAAAUUCUUUCAAAGAGCCCUUGAUCUGUAUUGGAAAUCUAUUACCGAGUGUCUGACGUGGAUUGUCUUAGUUGGAAAAGUGUCGCGUUUUUGUGACAUCAAGUAAAUUCAAUAUACCACAUCUUUAAAAGUUUCAUUGAAAAAAAUACGCUCAAGCAGAGAUGAGUGUGUUUAAAUAUGCGAGGCCCCCUUUCGAGCGGGGCCCGUAGCAAUUGCUACUUUUACUACGUGGUUAAUCCGGCACUGAAAAAUAGUCUUAUUUUUAUGGUGGUCAUAAUGAGUAGCAACAUAGUGGCAUUAGAACACCAAACACGUAAGACUGAUUUCAUGAAGGUGACAUUCUAAAUACGUGUACCGAGAUGCAAUUAAGCUAACCGGUAUGAUCGAGGACAUCGCGGGUAGGAGGGGGACGCCGCUCUCAUACCGCAUCUAUUCGACGCUCCGUCUAGCCGAUGAGUUGACUCGCUGUAUUAAUAUACUAAUUCUUAUAGUGAAUGCGGCAGAACAAAACCAGCUCUGUGGUACUCAUUUAUUCGAAAUCUCGCGUGAAAUCAUCAUAACAUAAUUAAAUACAAUACAAAACUACCUUCAAAUCCUUUAGUAAAAGUUUUAUUACGUAGGGACUUGUCACAAAAUACAGUUCAUUGUUGUAUUUCAAUUUCUUAUUCAUUAAUUAAUUGAUUUUGUUGAAAUUUAUUUUAGUUUUUCACAUAUGCCAUUACGCUUCUGCAGUUCUGUUGGACCAAAAGAUCUCUCAACUAUUGGUUGUUGCCAACCAACUUACCAUGGAAUGUUUACGGCCCGUAAGUCAAAAGAGCACCCAAUGUAAUGUUUUCUUUAUAUAAAUGUAAGAUAUAUUAAUUUUCCAUCUAUAGCCGUAAUGUAUGAAAUGAUUUUGAGCUUACGCGUUAAAUUUUGUGAAUGAAUAAAAUAGAGUAUUUUAUAUGUGAUAUUUACGAAAUCCGCGAAAAUGUAUAGAUACAAAAAUGAGCUUAAGUGCGCCGUAAUAAUGACUAUUACUAACCCUACUUACUACUUAUAAUCUUAUCAUUCCUGAACAUAUUCCUAUUUUACUAUGAUCUCUUCACUGUCUUAUUUAUAAAAACUUAGUUUAGUCUGACUACUAGAUAUAAUGCAGCUAAUUUACUCCUUACUACAUACAAAGAGGCAACAUAUUUUUAAAUGUAAAGCCAUAUAGACAUAAAUAGAUUAUGAAUCCGCUGUUUGGAUUUACAAGUUAAGAUUUUUAUUCGAUUAUAAGCAUGUAGGUCAGAUUAUUAUAACUUUCGUAAAACAUUGUUAACUUAUUUAUUAAUAGGGCUUUACUCACGAUUUAUUGGUGUGGGUACCUACUAGUUUCAGACCAUUCGGAGGUCCUUCAUCAGGGUGAGUGUAGAGCACAAGUCCGCAGUAAGAGACGUGACGUUAUCGGGUACUGUAUCAAAAUAUAGAAUGGUUAUUUGUUUGUCGGUUUGACUGUGCAUGCUAAUCUCAGUCAAACUUAAUUUAAAUAAUUCAAUGUAAUCUAUGCGAGGAAUACAUUAUUAUUGGUAUACAUUAAUAUAAUAAAUGCUUUAGCGACAGAACCAAUAUCAUUCGUACUGGAAUAGUAAAUCAAUUGGCUAGAUUUAAAAAAAUAAAAUUAUCGAAUUAAAAAAAUUCCAACUACAUAGCACUUAAGGAUUUUUAAAUAUUACUAAUAUGGGAUGAUAAUAAGUAAAUAAAAUCAAAUGUUUGAAUUAUCUACAAUGUUGUUUGUCAUAUUUUUGUUAAUUUCUUACAUACUCAUUUUACGCAGUUUUGGCAACAAUAAUAAAUUAACAAAAAGUCAACAAAAUAGGAUAGCGAAAAAUACAUAAAACAAUAUUUGCGUUUAUUUGCGAACUGUACAAAUUUUUUCAUGUGGUCUGGACUUGAUUUUGGAUUUGUGAUGAUGGUCAUUCCCCUAGCAAUUUGCGGGAAUUAUAAGAAUGCAAUGGGUUUUAUAGGAAUAUUCUUGCAUACAGCUAAAUCAUGACUUAUUAUUUAUGUAUCAGGCUUUGUGUGAUUAUUUUUGUGUAAAUGUCUUCGAAUGCAUCUUUUGAUCUAGUUAUAUAUUACUAUUGUUUAGUAGAUAAUUACUUCCUUAUUGUAAGUAUAAAAAAGUGUGGCAAAUGCGUGUUAUGUAGGUUAUACUUUUAAUGGAUAUAAUAUAAAACGCGGGAUAUAUAAGUAAGUGUUGAUUUGUAAUAUAAAUAUGAGAACAUACGGAUAGUAAUAAUUGUUGAAUCAUGAUCGCAAGCGUUCCAUUGGCACUCCGCCAUUACGUUUGCAUAAACAAGAUGGCGUCGAAUUAACUGUCAAAUUUGUUAGUUUAAUAAUGAAAAGUGAAAACUAACCGUUAUUAACGCUUAGCUGUUGUUAAUGUAACCUAAUAAGACUAUUUAACUAUUUUUCGUGCAUUUACUGUAAUCAUUUUUACUAUUUCGUCUUUUGAAGAGGUGAUAUUUUUAAACGAUAGAUGUCCGCGCGACACUUUCUCUGUAUAUAAAUGUUGAUGUUUGAAAUUACGUAGAUUUAGUGAUUGACACUUAGAAGUUUUGAACACGCAUUGUCUCUCCGACUAUUCUUAAAUACUGCCUUGUCGCAAUACGAAGAUCUAUACAGUCGUGCAAAACAUUGUUUUAAAAACACGUAUCUAAUUGAUUAUAUAUGUUAAUACUAACAUUAAAACUAAGUCAUAAAACUAAAGAGCCUAGGAAUUAUAACCAGGUCAGGCCUUCUCUGACUCUCUUUUUGCAAUAGAUAAUACACCUAAUCUACCUAACUUAAUAAGCAUAGUUCCUAUCGUGGUAAGACUAAGCAUAGUUAAAGAACCCACCAGUGAUCCCCAGAAAUUCGGGUCAGUUCCAAUAUUCGCUGCUAUAUCAGCAAAGCUCUCUGAUUGUAUACUCCUCAUACUGCUAAUCUCCCCUCGGAAGACGUAUUCAAAAUCAAAAUCUAAGGUUUGAUUAAGCUUUGGUAUUUCAACUCUACAAUUUUUGUUUGAUGAAAUUUGCUUGACUAUGUAAGGCUCAUUAGAACAUUGAAAGAAUGGCACAUCCCAUGUGCAGUUUGAUAUGUACUCCACUGCACCAUCUGUAGUCAUCUUAUCUGAGGACAUCACGGCAAAAGGCUUAUCUAAACAUCCAUCACAGGCAGAUGUCAUUAUGAUACUGACUCUGCAUUUUGCAUCAAUAACAACUAGUUCCUUGAGCUGCACACUUCCAAAUGAUAUUGUCACUGUCCCUGUGACAUCUUCAUUCCUGCUCACCCAGCUCUCACUUUCAGAUACCACAGUUUUGAAGUCAUCUUUGGACAGUAAAUAUGGAGAGUUUGAUGUGAGCCUGUUUAAUGCUGGCUCCUUAGUCGUGCAUGAUACUACACAACCUGCAGUAGAGCAGGGAAGGUGAAUUUCACUAAACACAAUGUCCUGAGUAGCACCAAGUGAUAUCUGCAAGUCACCUAUUAUGUUUUCCUGAGGCAUGUUUAGUGCACUAGCAAUUACUCCAUAAUAUUUCCCCCUAUAUGAUAACAUGGUUGGACGAGAAGCUGGUCUUUCAUAUGUGAAGGUAGUUAUCACUAGUGGUAUGUUCAAGGCAGUUGAAGGCAUCAUUGUCUCCAUGUUUACAAAAGGUGUGUUGCUAUUCAAGGUGACAACCUUCUUGAUGCCUUUGUAAGUUGUUUCCAUUUCUACAAUCCACAGCUCAGAAGAUUUAGCAUAUACAAACCCACAGUUGCUGUAAUCAGGGUUGACCUGCCAUCUAUACCACACACAUCUAGAUGUGUAAUGGCAGUACACAUCACAGCCUAAUGAGUCUAUUUGGCAUCCAUAUCCAUGCGGCUCUUUUGUCACUCUACUCAGCAUAUUUAAUUCAUAAUUGACAGUGCACCUAUUUCCUUCCCAGCAUGCACCACUGCCUUUGCAAUUAUACCAUUUUGUUGUCGUCACAUUGUAAGAACAGGUCUUAUACAGUUUGGUGUACCUAGAAACAUGGGUUCCCUUUUUCAUUCUAAGCUUAAGCAUGUCUCCGUUAACGUCAUUGAAGCAUAUUACUUGACCUUGUGUUAUAGUAGUCAUAUAUGUGUCUAUAGGUUGGCACUUUUCUUUUACACAUACUGUCCCCUUACUAGAAAGAUACAAAACCUUGUCACAUGCAUGAGUUAAUGUGCCUGACAGGCUUACGAUAAAUAAGCAUGUUAGAAGAUACAUAUUAGCAUCACAGCCCCUGUAAUAGACACAUCUUGACUGAUUCGAGUUUGCUCUUGGUGGUAAUUCUGGCAAUGAUGGUUCUGUUCUUGGCUUUGGUAAAUUCUUUGGUUCGUGGCUUCUGUUUGUGUCAGUUCCCUUCCUUUCCUUGUAAAUGAUGUCUCCAUAUAAUGGCUCAUCACCGUUGACAUUUUUUCUUAGUGCCAGUCUUAUGUCAAUAAUUCUGUCCAUUAGAUCAUUGUUGGGAACAUUAAAUUCCCUGAACUUAACUUGAUCAUUCCUCCCAGUUAUUUUGUUGUGUCUCUUCACCUGAGAUGCUCUUCUUUUGUCUGAUCUCGUCAACAACCAAGCACCCACUUGUAUGGAUAUGGUGUAAAAUGAGUUGUUGAAGCAGCACAAGAAUGUUAAUAUAAUGACAAGUGCCAGUAUUGCUGCAACGACAAAUCCUAGAAUAUAUAUAGUCCAAUCAUUUCUACAUUUGAUAAACUGCUGGUUAUAUAGGCAGUAUGAUCCGCAUGGCAUACAUUCAAAUCUGGAGACAGUUAAUCCGUUCGUUUGGUUAUCACAAGUCCAUGUUAUUAGCCCAAAAUGGAUGCCAGGUACAAUAACAUUGCCGUCAUUGUUGAUCGUUCCCAAAGAUAGUUCAUUAUUUACCAUCAUGUCACAGUGCUUGAAACCAUGAACAGUCACCUCACCGUAGCGAGCAGUCACUGUUUUCGAAAAUAUCUCCGGCGUCUGAGUUGCCAUGACCAAUAUAAUCAAAAUGAUAAACAUUUUUACUUUACCCCUGCGUGCUGCUUAACAAAGUGCCAUCGAACUCUAUCUAUCACAAUACGUCUAUAAAGUAAUAGUAAAAACGCGGUGGCGCGAUAGUUAAAAACGGCUGACUCACAUCACAGUGCCCCAAAUUCGGUUCUCGCCCUAUACGUACCAAUUUGUUUGGUUUUUGAAUUCAUGACGCUCCUUUUAUUCUUUUGGUGUUACAGUAUAGGCCGCGGUGUGUGUGCCAUCAGGUGACACGUAUCUAAGAUAAUUUAUACUUACGUCUAGAUAGAGACAACCGAUGAAAACAGGCCAGGUUUAUUACUUUAACGUGCGUGACAAGCUACGUCUUACACUCGCGAAUUGCAUCAGUUUUUUCGACGUUUUCACAGCUAUCAGUCUAUCCAGACGUAAAAAUGAUCUAAGGUAUAUAUGCUCAUUUGUCGUCCUCUUCCAUAAAUAAAAUUAGCCUUCCAAAAUUGGGAAGUGCCCCCGCGCCGCGGUUAUCCCUAGAUUCGCACAGCAGCCUGACAAAGCGUAUUACGUUACGUGUGUUAAUAGAUUGCUUAUAAAUAUGAUGAUUUGAGUGAAUGUAUGAGGAGACUAUUGCAAAAAAGGUAUAAGACCAUGCAAAAUAAACCAUCUUAUAAACCAAAUGAGGAUCAGAACUUGGCGAGGGCGUAGUGUGACGUACGGCACUUCCGAUUUUGGUGUAUCUGAAAUAUCUAGUGAGUCUAAUUAUCAGGGUUAAAUUGACACCGGCUCAAAUUUUUAGCACACUGUAUGGAUGUUUGUAGUGUGAUAUUGUUUAAUGUUAGGAUUGUAGAAAAGCAUUAAAGUUAAAUCGGAAUGGUGAACAUCAUGACAAUAAGUAUUAAUCUAUUUUUCUGAACGGUGAACGCAGGGCAGCGCACGCGGCCCUUGAGAGUGAUAUUUUUGAUGUAUUAAAAACGUCUCGACACUAUUUUCUUCGAUGGCAAUACAGAUUAGCUAUAUUUAAUGCAUUUAUCGUAUUUUUAUUAUAAAAUUUAUUCUAUAGAUCGUUAAGCAUAAUAUUGCAUUUAAAAAUAUUUUUCUGCGUAGAUAAUGUUUAUGGGAAUAAAAAGUGUUAAAAGUUGUCAGUGUAAUGACGGAUUGUAUUCAAAUUAAAUCUAACCUAUAUAGAUCUAAUGUUUUAACUUAUUUGAAUGCAUUUAAUGAAACAAUAAUAUCACUUCCAUUUCGAUUAAUUUUUCUAGCAUAUAUAAAUAAGGACUUCCUAAUAUUUUUAACACUAUGUAAUUAUAUGGUAAUUUAGCACGUCUACGAAGUUCGGUUUUUUGAUUGAUGAAAAAUACUAAAAGAUCAUAUUGAAAGCACAGACUAUCUUUGCUCGUACUAUGGUUUAUCUUAACGAAUAAUUCCUGGGUUCAUUAAAAGUAGAAUAAAAGAAGCAAUAAAUCUAAAUAAGUUUCUAUGUAUAUUUGUGAUAUUUGGGAUGCUCUAUGCAACUAUGAGCAGUACAAAGAUUAUCUUUGAAUUAUUCUAUUUAUAUUGACAGCUCAGCUUAAGUUUAGUGACUGACCUCUACUAUAUACCACUGGACUGGCGGCUGUCAAAGUACUUUAUUGCCUGUUUGUACGUUGUAGGCCAUGAAGCGAGAGUCUGCGGUACUAAAACUAGUAAUGACAACCUCAGCAAACAUCGAAAGAUGGUGGGAAACUAUUACAAAAAAAAUAAAAAAAAAAUGUGUACUUUAUUACGUUGAUUUUUGAAGUAUAAAUAACACGGAAAACGAACGAAAUUAAUUUAAAAUACUUCAGAGUAUUGCACGUUGCUUCUCAGCCAUUUGUAAUAUACGUCAAAAUUAUUUCUUAGGACGCUCGCGAGUGGCGCUUCAAGUAGGCACAAAAAUUUGCUGUCAAACAUAAUAUGGAACAGCCUGACCAGUGGUAUUUAUACAGGUCAGUGAGUUUAGUUUUAUGACUCCACAGAGUCUGUAGUCAAACAUGACGCGUAUCACAGUAUUUUUGUCGCUCAUGACAAAUCAUAUAGUUUAUAGUUAUUAUAUUUAGUGAGAUAUUAGGUACUUCCCCGUUUUGUGAUGUGGCAAUACAUGAGUAAGCUUUAAGUGUAAUUAUCAUUUUAAUUAUAUUGAAUUCCCUCCAAAAUUAUUUUACUUGUAGCAACAUUUAUCUAUAUUUGCUCAAGUGUGCUUAUAUUAUUGUUUUUUUUAUGUAAUCAAUAUUAUUUUAUACCUAAGCGAAGAAUAUACUGCUACCAUGUUUUUCAAGGCUAAAAUAAAAUAAUUGCAACUUUAUUAUUUGUAACAGAUUUUUGAAAAUCUUAAGGCCAAAAAGCAUUUCAGUUCUAAAAGUUUCGUUUUGGUAAAAUUUUACUCUUAAAGGUUCUUCCAACUGAUUUUUUCUAGAAAUACAUGUGGUUUUACGGUGUGGUGUACAAAGCCUUACUUGUACCUUACAUCUGAUUGUAAGUUACCAAAAAACAAUGAAUUUAAGUACUCUUUUAAAUUGAACUUACAGUCAGAUGUGGUACUUACACACUUAAUAUUACUGUAUCACAUAUUUCUUUUACAAUGUUUGUCAUGAUCUGUAGGGCCCUGUCCGUUUGUGUUUAAAAUGAAUGAAUAAACGUUUACUUAGAAUA